AUGUCACUCGUGUUGGUUUUGUCAGUGAUCAGUCUGGCACUAGCAGAUGCAGGCUACCAAUAUAACACCCCGAGUACACAAUUCGGUCUGCCGGGUAGCCAGCCCGCAAAUUUUCGCACAGGUCAUGACUCACAUCAUCACAGCGCACUGCCAAAUGAACAGGACAAGUUGUCACAUUCGGUAUCCUACAAGGACUAUGUAUAUUUAAAGAAUGAUGUUUAUCAAAAUAAGGAAGAUCAUCGAGGUUUUAUAAAUUACUCGUCCGGCAACGGGGGAUAUGCAGCGUCCCAGGUGAACAAUGGUUACGUCAAUUCUGGUUACCCACAAAGCAUUCCACCGGUGGUUGCGUCCAGUGCGAACCUGAACACUAACUCCGCGCAGAACUAUGCGCAAGUUGUUUAUAAUUACAACAGUGGUAACAAUCAUAACUUUGCACCCACAUCAGGCGGUAAUGUAAACGGUUAUUCUCAGAUUCCAGCACCUUCUGGCAUUAAUGCUAAUAUUGGCUAUCAAUAUAAUAAUAACCAAGUCUUAAAUUCUGGUUAUUCAUCAGCCACAUCUAGUACUGCAGCAAGUUCUAGUAUUCCUCAACCUUUGCCACAGUCUGGAGCUGUUGGCCUCAGUAAUGGUUAUGCCCAAGCUCCUAGUGGAAAUGUAUUAAAUAACUAUUCUCAAGCCAGCGGUACUGCUAGCCAUGCUCUUAGCCACGGUUACUCCCAAAACUCGUUAUCACCAGCUAUUGGAAAUUCGAAUAGUGGGUAUUCACACGUACUAGUUCCAUAUUCUAGCAGUUCAAUAUUAAAUAAUAAUUACGCUCAGAGUCCUUUACCGGUUGUCGGGAGUAAUGUUAACUCGGCAUAUUCUCAAUCUUUUCCGCCAAUAGGCAGUGCGAAUUCUAUAAGCAACGGUUAUAUUCAAGCUUCGUCUUCAACUGCGGGUACAAAUUACAAUUCAGGCUACUCCUAUUUCCCGCCGAACUUUUCCGCUAGCUCUGCUGGCUCAAGUAAUUCUCAAGUCCAAACCAGUUUCUCGUCACCGGGAAGUUCAUUUAAUAGAGGAUACUCGCAGCAUAAUUCUAACAUAAAUACUGGUUACUCUCAAAGUUAUCAAAUUGGCCAAAGUGUGAGCAACGGUUUUAGCCAACCAAUCCAAUCAACGAUACACCAUGGACACACCAACUCAAAUAACGAUUGGAAACCGUUGAUUUCACAAACCAGUUCGUCAUUGAAUACCGGUACCGUCCAAGCAUCUGGCGCAUCAUACAAUGGAAACUUGAAUUCUAUAUCACAAUCUUCUGCCACUACACAAACAGGGUCUAGUAAUGGGAUUUACAACACUGGUUUUACUCAAUCAGCUAAUAUUGUCGGAAGUUCCAGUUCAUUAUCUAGCAGUGCACCAAUAGCUCCCACUGUUUUCAAGCACAUAUAUUUCCAUGUGCCACCCCCGGAAGUCGAAGAUCCCAAAACAGCAGCACCCCCUCCACCGCCGAAAAAGAAUUACAAAAUUAUAUUUAUAAAGGUGCCUUCGCAGGAAUCUAAGUCGAAUUUGGCUCGUUUACAACAAAUUGCCGAAAUGAGUAACGCUUCAGUUGAACAUAAAACCCUCAUUUACGUUUUGGUGAAAAACCCGGAGACGCAACAACCGGUAGUAUUACCAAAAUCGACCCCUUCGGAACACGAGGUAUUCUUUGUAAAGUAUAAUGGCGACCCAUUGGAAAUAGCGGAGCAAGUCAACAAAGAGCUGGACAAAACUGGUACAGUACAAAGCAUAGUGCCCUUAGAUCCAGGUCUAGUGAAUGGGAAGAAGUGA